CCCCCACUCUGGCCGUUCCUGUGUUUAGCACGCUGCACUCGAGGUCGCCCCCCCCCACCAAGGGAUGAGUAGUGAGACGCGCGCUUGUCGCCUUGCGCAGGCGUACCCCUCCCUGGCCACCCGGGACUACAUUUCCCGGCGGGCGCUGCGCCUACGCUGUGGUCAGCUGACCGUUCUCGUGAUCUGCCGAUUGUCAGGGGGUUCGGCUGGAGGAGGAGAGGUGCCUGCCCUGGGCCGCUGCUGAUCUCCGACCAAGCGGAGCCAAAAUGUCCCCGGAAUCUAAAAAGCUUUUCAACAUCGUUAUUUUAGGAGUUGCCUUUAUGUUUAUGUUCACCGCCUUUCAAACUUGUGGAAAUGUGGCGCAAACUGUCAUCAGGAGCUUAAAUAGCACAGAUUUUCAUGGCAGUGGAUAUACCAGCUUGGCAAUUAUUUACGGCGUGUUCUCUGCUUCCAAUUUGAUCACUCCGUCCGUGGUUGCCAUUGUAGGACCUCAGAUCUCUAUGUUUGUCAGUGGCUUGUUUUACAGCAUGUACAUUGCCGUUUUUAUCCAGCCUUUCCCAUGGUCCUUCUACACAGCGUCUGUUUUCAUUGGAAUUGCAGCUGCUGUACUUUGGACAGCACAAGGAAAUUGCCUGACAAUAAAUUCUGAUGAGCACACAAUCGGGAGAAACAGCGGCAUUUUCUGGGCACUCUUACAGUCUAGCUUGUUCUUUGGAAAUCUCUACAUAUAUUUUGCCUGGCAAGGGAAAACUCAAAUUUCAGAGAAUGACCGAAGGACAGUGUUCAUCGCCCUGACGGUGAUAAGCCUUGUGGGGACAGUUCUGUUCUUUCUCAUUCGGAAACCAGAUCCUGAGAAUGUCCUUGGAGAAGAAGAGUCUUGUGAUGACCAGGACAUGGAAGCCACUGAGUCUGCCCAGAGCAAUGUGACAAAGGCAGUGGAUGCGUUUAGUAAGUAUUCUCUGUCUGAAAUGCAAGAACUAUUUGGGAACACCUUCAACAUUUGCCUCCCCUUCCCCUGGGAACUUUGGACUGAACACCCCUAGUGUUUUUGGUCUUCCAGGUAUGCGCUUCUGAAAUAUGCCAGUCUUUCCGCCAGUGUCUCUAAUAGGGUGUGUGUGUGUGUGUGUGUGUGUGUGUG